AUGGAUGACCUUACCAUCACAACAACAACGGUCCCAGGGAGCAGUUGGAUCCUACAAGGACUUGAGAGACUCAUUGCCUGGGCUAGGAUGAGUUUUGAGCCCUCCAAGUCUAGGUCCAUGGUGCUAAAGAAGGGGAAAGUGGUUGACAAGUUCCAUUUUAUCAUCUCAGGAAGUGUCAUCCCAACCAUCACGGAGCAACCUGUCAAGAGUUUGGGCAAGCUCUUCGACUCCAGCCUAAAAGACUCUGCAGCCAUCCAGAAGUCCAAAAAUGAACUUGGAGCUUGGCUCACGAAGGUUGACAAAUCCGGCCUGCCUGGUAGGUUCAAAGCCUGGAUCUAUCAGCACUCAAUUCUGCCCCGAAUUUUGUGGCCUCUGCUGAUCUAUGCAGUCCCAAUGUCAACAGUUGAGUCCCUAGAACGGAAGAUAAGUGGCUUUCUCCGAAAAUGGUUGGGCCUUCCACGCAGCCUUACCAGUGCUGCACUGUACGGGACGAGUAACACCUUGCAGCUGCCAUUAAGUGGCCUCACGGAAGAAUUAAUGGUCGUACGCACCAGAGAAGCCCUACAGUAUAGGGACUCUAGAGACUGCAAGGUGUCAUCAGCCUGCAUUGAGGUUAGGACAGGCAGGAAAUGGAAUGCUGGGAAAGCAGUGGAGGUGGCAGAGUCACACCUGAGACAAAAGGCUCUGGUGGGCACUGUGGCGACAGGCAGAGUGGGCUUGGGCUAUUUUCCACAGACCUUAGUUAGCCAGGUCCACGGCAAGGAAAGACCCCACCUACUCCAGGAAGAGGUUCGAGCAAGUGUGGAGGAAGAGAGAGUCAGCAGAGGACUCCAGCAGCAGGGAACAUGGACUAGGUGGGAGAAUACAUUGCAACAUAGGAUCACCUGGGCGAACAUCUUGCAGGCGGAUUUUCAGCGAGUCCGUUUCCUGGUACAAGCUGUCUACGAUGUACUGCCAAGUCCAUCAAACCUCCGUGUGUGGGGAAAGAAUGAGACACCUUCCUGCCGUCUUUGCUCUGGAAGAGGCUCUUUAGAACACCUCCUCAGCAGCUGCCCCAAGGCUCUGGCUGAUGGUUGUUAUCGGUGGCGACAUGACCAGGUGCUUAAGGCAAUUGCUAAGAGCUUAGCCUCAGCCAUCAGCACCAGCAAGAAUCAUCAUGCUCCAAAGAAGGCAGUCCACUUCAUUAAAGCUGGAGAAAAACCCCGGGCCCUCCCACAAUUAACAACAGGCCUCCUUCACAAAGCCUUGGACUGGCAGCUGGAGGUUGACCUGGGAAAACAGCUAAGGUUUCCUCAUCACAUCGCAAAAACUCGUCUCCGCCCAGACAUAACAAUCAUCUCUGAAGCCUCAAGACAGCUUAUUAUUCUGGAGCUGACAGUGCCUUGGGAAGAGCGCAUUGAGGAAGCAAAUGAGAGGAAGCGUGCUAAGUACCAGGAAUUAGUGGAGGAGUGCAGGGAGAGAGGCUGGAGAACUUUCUAUGAGCCUAUAGAAAUAGGAUGUAGAGGCUUUGCGGGGCGUUCACUUUGCAAAGUCCUCAGUCGCUUGGGCAUUACAGGGGUGGCAAAGAAAAGGGCCAUUCGAUCCGCAAGUGAAGCCGCAGAGAAGGCCACAAGGUGGCUGUGGAUUAAGAGGGCAGAUCCGUGGACUGUUACUGGGACACAAGUCGGGACUUGA